AAGGAGGGCGCUGUUGACUUUGAAGUGCAGCAAGACGCCAUCUUGAGGAGACGUCCAACUCUGGUUGGUGAUGACUGACAACAAUUUUAGGCGCAUCAGGAUGGAAUUACCGGAGUCCAUGUGAAACUGUGUCACAUCGGCAGUGUUCUAUAAAUAAGAGGAGGCGGAAAUAAGAGCUGCUGGACUAAUAUUCGACUUUUAAGGGACGGACCGUGCUGUAGCCCGAUGGCCGGCUAGCUGCUCCGUGGAUUCGCCGCGGCCUGUUGGGGAGGAGGAAGGGAGGUGACGGCGCAAAAUGCUCGGCAACCCCUGACUCCCGACCGGACAGCCACCCCAGAGAACUCUAGCUUCGAGUCGGAGGACGAGCACAAUGCACUUAUAAUUUUUUUAAAUCACACGACUUUCUUAUUUUCACGGUGGCGUUUAGACUGUGAACGACAGUGAAUACAGCACGAGAAAUGUCAGCCAACUGCACCAGCGCAGCGCCUGUCAGCGCUAGCAAAACCAAGACGAAAAAGAAGCAUUUUAUAGGGCAGAAAUUCAAAUUGUUCCGUGCAAGCGAGCCCAUCCUCAGCGUUUUAAUGUGGGGUGUGAAUCACACGGUUAAUGAGUUAAGUAAUGUGCCUGUUCCAGUAAUGCUGAUGCCGGAUGAUUUUAAAGCCUACAGCAAAAUCAAAGUGGACAACCACCUAUUUAACAAAGAAAACCUUCCUAGUCGCUUUAAGUUCAAAGAAUAUUGUCCCAUGGUGUUCCGGAACCUGAGAGAGAGGUUUUGCAUCGAUGACCAGGACUACCAGAACUCCCUGACACGGAGUGCGCCGCUCAACAGCGACUCCCAGGGUCGCUUUGGCAACCGCUUCCUCUCCAGCUAUGACCACCGAUUUGUAAUCAAAACUGUCUCUAGUGAGGAUAUCGCUGAGAUGCACAACAUCUUGAAAAAAUAUCACCAGUUCAUAGUGGAAUGUCAUGGCAACACACUGCUCCCUCAGUUCCUGGGCAUGUACAGGUUAACAGUGGACGGGGUGGAGACAUACAUGGUCGUGACCCGGAAUGUAUUCAGUCAUCACCUCACUGUGCAUCGCAAAUAUGACCUGAAGGGUUCUACGGUCUCAAGGGAAGCCAGCGACAAGGAGAAGGCCAAAGAGCUCCCCACUUUUAAAGACAACGACUUCCUCAAUGAAGGCCAUAAGCUGCAAAUAGGAGACGACAACAAGAAAUACUUUUUGGAGAAGUUAAAACGUGAUGUCGAGUUCUUGGCCACUCUGAAGAUCAUGGACUACAGUCUUCUCGUGGGGAUCCACGAUGUGGAUCGAGCGGAGCAGGAGGAGAUGGAUGUGGAGGGUGCUGUGGAGGAAGAAGAGUUCGAGACCGAUGGGAUGGGCGCCGGCGUGCUCACCGGCUCGUUCGGCACACCUCCGGACAGCCCAGGAAACCCCCUGAACUGCGGAGGCUUCUUUGGCCCCGGGGACUUUGACCCUUCUGUUGAUGUUUACGCAAUAAAGAGCCAUGAUGGUGCUGCCAAGAAGGAGGUGUACUUCAUGGCCAUCAUCGACAUCCUCACACAUUAUGAUGCGAAGAAAAAAGCUGCACAUGCUGCCAAAACUGUGAAACACGGGGCGGGGGCCGAGAUCUCAACCGUGAACCCGGAGCAGUAUUCCAAGCGCUUCUACGAAUUCAUGUCCAAUAUCUUGUCAUAGACACUUCACCACUCGACUGAGAGGAAUGACAGUAACCCUCCUUGGUUUUCUAUGGUUUUUGUUUUAGCCGUUACUCUUCCCUCACCCAACUUCACAAUUCUCUCGCCAGCACAGAAAAGUGUCUCAAUAACAAAUGCCUUGAACGCUUCCACAGUCUCAGCACGCCCCUCUCACCUUUUCUACUCAUGUUCUUAGUCCACACAAGCAAGACUGCAUGGUGUUCACUUUCCUGUCGUACGGAGAGAAAAUCCACCCCCGCUGCUGACGAUUUGGACUCACAGGAGAUGAUUGUGUCGUUGAUGUAUUACGUAAAUGAAUGCAGUUGUCAAAGAUGCAUGGCUGACGUGCACACGAGCCUCCACCAAACCACUGAACUUAACAUCUGCGUGUUAUAACAAAAAAGACAUAAUUGGUGUUUGAAUGUUACGUUGCCAUAUUGUAUUUUUUAAUACUUUUGGAAUAUUACCUGUGAGCUUGGUGAAGGUUGGUCAAAGACGCAUUAAAAAAGGGGGAAUCCAGCAGCAAAUACUUGUUUUAGCACAGUAAGACUCAUUUUUUAUAUCUUGUUUACAUGGAUGUAGCAAUUUUGUGUUUGUAUACAGUAUUGUUUUGUUACCAACAGACAUUAGGGGGGAAAAACUUGAAAAUGAAUCAUUGCAUAUUAAAGGGAGUUUUAUCUUGUUUU